UCACUCUGUUUCUCAUGACAAUUUUGUGCAUGACAAUUUUGUUCAACUGAAAUUGCCUUUUUUUGUAACGAAAACAGGCUGUCAGUCAGAAGUGUUCCGGCUCCGUUAAUUGUAAACCAGCAAAUCGUAGCAGCAGCAACAAAAUGUCGGCAGCAGCAGGCUUGAUUCCGCCUCCAGUUUCAUGGGCCCAGCGCAACGACCUGGUCUACGUCAUCAUUGAUGUGGAGUGCAAGGACAUCGAACACAAAGUUACGGACAAGACCUUCACCUUCAAGGGCGUCAACGUGCUGGAUGCGUCGAAGAAGUACGAGGUCACACUGAACUUCCUACACGAGGUGGAUCCCGAGAAGGUGACCAGCAAGAACAUCGGCCGCUGCCUGGAAUUCACAAUACCCAAGAAGACGGCCGGUCCCUACUGGGCCUCGCUGACCUCGGACAAGACCAAGUUGCAUUUCCUCAAGGCCAACUUUGCCAAGUGGCGCGAUGAGUCCGAUGACGAGGAGGGUGACCAAAAAGACAACGGCAUGUUUGGCAAUUUCCUGAACAGCCCUGGUGGCGACUGGAACAACAAGUUCGACGACUUCAACGUCGACGAUGAGGAGGAGGAUUCGGACGACAACAUCCCCAGUCUGUCCCAGAACGACGAGGACGAUGAGGAGGGCGGCGAGGGGGACAAGGAGAAGAAGCCAGCUGCCUAGACGGCCGCUCGGAUGGUGUCUAGCAUUUUGGCGUAGUCGUAGCGUUAGCCGUGGCGCUUAUACCAUAAGUCAACACACGAUCACAACACUCACUCCUCACACACCCAAGGAAACAAAAAGAAAAGAAAAGAACACUCAAUCACUCAUAAGAACAUCCACAAAACGCAUGCGUACAUAACACACUAUUCCAAUCAAAGAAAACCACAUUUAAUUUAGCUGAAUAUUAUGCGUAUUCAGAGGAGAGAUGUUAACAAGAAGCAACACAAGGAACAAGAUGAUUUGGCGCCGACAAGGGAAACCAUAAGUUUUACGCUAGAAUUUAACAACCAGAGGAAAGCUACAACCAAUUUAUUGCAAAAUCAGUUUGCAGUUUAUUAUUUUUGUUUCCUGUAAAUAAAGGAAAUUACAAUAAAAAAAUGGAAAACUUAA